UUUCAAAUGGAUAACUUACUGUAUAGGAGAAACAUCACCAUUUCGGCAUCUUGCGAGACUGGACUCCCUUAUAUGAUAUAGGCUGUCUGAAGGGUUCCCCUGCUUCCCCUGCUUCCUCGCUCACAAGAUCGGUUCCCCCCAAACUCAGUGUGUCAUCUCGGGAUGGACGUUUUGCAAAUGUGUCGGCCUUUUCAUAUUCCAAUGAGCGUUCCUUACCUGCUGAGACAUGCACGAAAACAUGCCUUCAACGGAGGACGAUCAGCUUGCAUAGCCGGGCUGGCCCACACUGCUUCAAAUUCAGAACUUCACUCAUUGCAGCACGCAAGAAAAAGGCAAGGGCAAAGGCGCGACAAAGCGCAUUUCAGGAUGGCGGCAGCAAAUAGCACCGGAGAGACUUCGGGGAAGGUCUUCUUCUUCGAUAUCGACAAUUGCCUUUACCCCAAGUCGACCGGGAUUUACAGGGAGAUGGGGCGAAAGAUCCACGCCUACUUCAAGCGGCUUGGCUUUCCGGACGAAGAAGCAACUGAACUGCACCAUCGCUACUACAGAACCUAUGGCUUAGCCCUUCGCGGGCUCGUUAAGCAUCAUGAUGUGGAUCCGAUGGCAUACGACAGGGAAGUCGAUCAAGCACUGCCUUUAGAGCAAUUCCUGAAGCCAGACCCUGAACUCCGCACGAUGCUGGAAACAAUGCAGGGCGUCAAAAAAUGGGCGUUCACAAAUGCAUACGAAGUUCACGCCGGACGGGUGUUGAAAGCUCUAGGAAUCGAAGAUCAGUUCGCUGGACUGACCUUCUGCGACUACGCUACUCCAAACUUUCCUUGCAAACCCGAAGAGGUUUACUAUGAACAGGUUAUGCAAGCCGCUGGCGUCACGGAUCCGAGCAAAUGCUACCUAGUGGAUGAUGCGGCUGCGAACAUAGACAUGGCGAAGAAACUUGGUUGGACGGCGGUUCACGUCGCUGACGAUGUCAGCGCUGAGCCUAAGCAUGGAGACUUUCAGAUUUCCCAUAUUCACGAACUUCAGGAAGUUCUUCCCGAAUUUUGGCCCGAUGGAAAUGUCAAUUGAGUAGAAUAGUAGAACC